UCCACAAGAUCGAAAACACACAAACACACACGACUGAUACAAAAAGAAUGCAGAAAUUGUAUAGCAAGAGAAAGCUCAUUGGAAACAAACAACUGCCAUCAUCUUUCUGCCAUUCCUCCCUAGAUCUUCACUCUCUCUCUUUCUCUUUCUCUUUCUCUCUCCUCUAUUUCCCCUAAAUUUUUAGGGUUUGUUUCUUUAUCGAAUUCGAACAACGAUGCCUCAAAGUGUUAAACUUAUGCCAAAUUUAGAUCAACAAAGCACAAAACUUCUCAAUCUCACUGUUCUUCAACGAUUUGAUCCUUGCAUUCAAGAUAUUCUUCUCACUGCUGCUCAUGUCGCCUUGUACGAGUUCAGCAUGGGUCAAAAUCAAUGGAGUCGCAAGGAUGUUCAGGGAUCACUCUUUGUUGUUAAGAGGAAUAAAGAUCCUUGGCAUCAGUUCAUUGUGAUGAAUCAAAGAAAUACAGAAAAUCUUGUGGAGAAUCUCUCUGGGAAUUUCGAAUUUGACGUUCAAGUUCCUUAUCUGCUAUACAAAAAUGUUGACCAAGAAGUUAAUGGCAUAUGGUUUUAUAAUACACCUGAAUGCGAGGUGGUUGCUGAUCUCUUUAACAGGAUAAUUGACUCUUAUACAAGAAGUUCUUCAGAGUCAGUAGUAUCUAACAAAAGUGAGUUCAAGGAACGUGAACCCGUCUCGUCUGUGGCAGUGAUGGAAAGGCCAUUGGAGCCAAUACAUGAAUCGUCAUCAGCUUCCGUUAAUGGAUCUGGUGUUACUGAGAUCAGUUCUAUCUCAAACUUUUUCAAUACGGCGACCAAUAUUUCUAAUUCAGGACAGCCAGUGCAAGCAUAUCAUCCUUUCGGUGAGCAAUUGGCACCGAUAGGCAGUUCCAGUCUGAUACCUGCUCCUUCUGGUCUUCGUCAACCUUCUGUGGCCGCAUCAGCUCCUCCUGUUCAUUUAAUUCAUCAUCAUGAAGUUCCUGAUUCAACUUACAGAAGCAAUCAGAUAGCAAAUCUCGUCACACCUGCUAUCUUUCACAAUCCCCAUUCUUCUUCACCUGCAGUUUCACAUCCACCUGUUUCGUCGUCCAUGCCACCCAGUGCACUGCAGCCUUCAUUGAAUCUCCAACGCCCAUACGGUGCCCCAUUCCUCCAACCUUACCCUCCGCCUGCACCAUCGCCGUUUCUUACACCACAGAGUGCUGCUGCACCAACACCCGGACCAGUUAUUGACAGAGGCAAAGUUCGUGAAGCUCUUCUAACACUUGUCCAGGACAAUCAAUUCAUCGAUAUGGUCUGCAAAGCAUUACAACAGGUGCACCAAGUGUAAGCAUAUUGUAGAAGAGUUGGGUGUUCUAAGGAUGCAUGUACAGGCUUGUGUAUACACCAUUCCCAUUUUGGGUGCAUAGUUGCUAAAAUAUGAAGCUAAAACCUACAAGGGCUAUCAGCUUUUUGCUGCAUUCAAGGGGCUGAAUUUGGCAUCUGAUCUUCUGUGGGAGUUUCCGGCCUGAAUUGCCAACUUCAGAGAGAGCGAUUCAAAUCUGGUCGGUAUGCUAAUAGUUUGUGGCUGUUGGAGUAGAUUGUCAAUAUUAUUCUAGCCCCGUCUAUAUUAGUUUCGUUAUGGGAUUAGUGCUAUCAUGGGUUUGUGGGUUGUAUAAUCUGUUUUCCAUUCCAUUUUGUGAACUCUUGAGUCUUGACGAAUAUACAGAUAGCCGAAUCUAGUCUAUACAGGAGUACAGGACAAUGGAAUAGUAUUUCUGUAACCAGACAGUUGAAAAGUUUCAUAUUAUUUGCAAAUUAAGAAAAAAAAUUGUUUCAAGCUCUAA